AUGAAGCUCUUCAUGCAGAAUCCAGCCGUUAAUAUGGCAGAAUUCACCAAUGAGAGCACGGAAGAACAAGAAGAAGAGGGUUUACAAGAGGAAGUACUAGAUUUUGCACCAACAACACUGGAUGACUCUUUGCCAGAAGUGGAAGAUCCAUUACAGGAGAUAAACUUAGGGAUAGAAGAAGAUCCAAGACCCAUUUUCAUUAGUGCGCUACUGGAAGAACUACUCAAGAGUGAAAUCAUUGGACUUUUACAUAAUUUUAGAGACUGUUUUGCUUUGCAUUAUCAUGAGAUGCCUGGAUUAGACAGAAAAACUAGUGGAACACAAAUUGCCAAUUAA